CGCUUACGGAAACGCCUUUCCCCUUUCAGUCAUACUACAAAAUUUGGCGAGCUUUUCGAAGUGCCUCCAUUUUCUGACACUUUAUUUAGUGCGAGAAAGCGCCGUUCUACUCUCAUUCGCGACGCAUUUCCUGAACCGCUCUCUUUCUCUCUCUACUUCUCCUUCAUCUAUCUUUAGAUCUAUAUUCAUUGCCUGAGGAGAGAGAAAGAGAACCGGUGAAACAUACAAAAAUGGUAGAUCAGAAAUCCACGCCUGCCGGUGUUUGGCCCACCGUUAAACCAUUUGUUAAUGGAGGUUGUUCUGGUAUGCUUGCUACCUGUGUCAUUCAACCCAUCGACAUGAUCAAGGUGAGGAUUCAACUUGGCCAGGGAUCAGCUGCUCUAGUCACAAAGAAUAUGCUCGCAAAUGAGGGUUUUGGUGCCUUUUAUAAGGGUUUGUCUGCUGGGUUACUCAGGCAAGCUACAUAUACGACUGCAAGACUUGGGUCUUUCAAGAUGUUGACGAACAAAGCUGUGGCUGCUAAUGAUGGAAAGCCUUUACCUUUGUACCAAAAAGCUCUUUGUGGUUUGACUGCUGGUGCUAUUGGAGCAUGCGUUGGUAGUCCUGCUGAUCUUGCACUCAUUCGUAUGCAAGCUGAUGCAACUUUGCCGCUCGCACAACGGAGAAACUACAAAAAUGCAUUCCAUGCUCUUUACAGAAUUGUUGCUGAUGAGGGAGUUUUGUCACUCUGGAAAGGUGCAGGCCCAACAGUCGUAAGAGCUAUGGCAUUGAACAUGGGAAUGCUUGCCUCUUAUGAUCAAUCUGUGGAAUUCUUUAGGGAUACUUGUGGCUUGGGUGAAGGUGCUACUGUUGUAGGUGCUAGUGCUGUUUCUGGAUUUUUCGCAUCUGCUUGCAGUCUACCAUUUGAUUAUGUGAAAACACAAAUUCAGAAAAUGCAGCCUGAUACUGCUGGGAAAUACCCAUACACUGGUUCGAUGGAUUGUGCCAUGAAGACGCUGAAAGCUGGUGGACCUUUGAAAUUCUACACUGGCUUUCCUGUCUACUGUGUUCGAAUUGCCCCACACGUCAUGAUGACAUGGAUAUUCCUGAACCAAAUUCAGAAGUUCGAGAAGAAGAUUGGAUUGUAGUUGAGACAAGGUAUCAUCAAUCAUGCUAGCUAUAAUUGUGAACUCAAAUAUUUUCUACUCUGGUUGCCGGUUUCACGCCUCAGCAACAGUCGCAUUUUAUCGCAUUAAACCUACCAAUUUUUGCUGGAACCAAAAUAAAUUAGCAAAAACAAUCUGUAUUAGAUGAUUCUUUUGGGCUAGGAUGAAAUGUCCCUAGUUGUAGUUGAAUGUUUUGAUAGACUUUUAUGGAGUUGGAGACUUAUGAACACAUUGCGGGAAUCGUAACAUCGACCAAAUGUGGUAUGGUUGGUUAUUUUACCUUACAAUAUUGUUUUUAAAA